AUGUCCACUUUCCGCAGGCCGAUCUACGUGAAUCCCAGCUCGUCCACGACCACCUCGGCGGCCUCCCCGGGGGCGCUGGCCUUCCACCAACAAUUCCCCGGCUAUGCGCCGAGCCCGCUGGUGCCGCUGCCCGCUGUGGCUGAGGAACUAGGAGUGCGUGCUGUCUACCUCAAGCAGGAGAGCAACCGCUUCGGUUUACCCUCUUUUAAAGUCCUGGGGGCCUCCUGGGCCAUCUACCAGGCCAUCCGCUCGUUUGUACAGUUACCAGAGGGCACACCACUUGACACCUUGAUCGAGCGGGUGCGCGCACAGUCCGCGCCCAUUACCCUGCUCGCGGCCACUGAGGGCAACCAUGGCCGUGCUGUGGCCCGCGUCGCCCGGCAGAUGUCGCUCCAAUGUCACAUCUACGUCCCGUGCACAAUGCACGCCUACACUCAGGAAAAGAUCCGCUCCGAGGGAGCCGAAGUCAAAGUGGUGGACGGCGACUAUGACCACGCCGUCGAGACCGCUGCCAAGGCCGCCAACCAAAUGUCCCAAGGCAUCCUGGUGCAGGAUACGGCGCUAGAAGGCUAUGAAGAGAUCCCGGCCUGGGUGGUGGAGGGCUAUGCCACCUUACUCCAGGAAGCCGACGCCCAGCUGCACGCCCUGGGCCUGCGGAACAGCCUCGUCGUGGCCCCGGUGGGCGUGGGCUCCUUCGCGGAAGCUGUCGCCACAUACUAUAAGUCGCGCGACACGCCCGCCACCGUCGUGGCCGUGGAGCCGGAUACAGCGCCUAGCCUGACGCACAGCCUACAACAAGGCCAUCCAAGCUCCGUCAUCACUAGUCCCAGCAUCAUGGCCGGCAUGAACUGUGGCACGGUAUCGUCCGCCGCCUGGCCCCUGUUGCGGCAGCUAGUCGACGUUAGUCUCACCAUUUCGGACUGGGAGAGCCACUGCGCCGUGCAAGACCUAACUGCCCAAUCCAUCGACUCCGGUCCUUGUGGUGCUGCUUCCCUGGCUGCCAUCCGCCGGCUGAAGGCGGAGGCUUCACCGACCUCGACUUUUUAUUCCCCAGAUUCCGUCAUCCUGCUCCUCAGCACCGAGGGCUCUCGUCCCUACGAGGUCCCAAUGGAUGUCUCCGUGGAUGAUCCGGUGGCACUGACACAGGUGCUCACGCGGAUCAACUCCUCCAACCCCACGUUGUCCAAGACACAGGGCGCCGGAGAAUCGGCCAUCACCAACUACCUCUGUGCCUGGUUCGCCCAUCGUGCCAUUGAACACCAUCGCAUCGAGACGGCGCCCGGACGACCUUCGGUGGUGGGCAUCAUCCGCGGUUCCGGCGGAGGAGCGUCCGUCAUGUUGAACGGACAUGUCGAUACAGUCAGCCUGACCACCUAUGAUGGCGAUGCGCUCACAGGCCAUCUGGGGGUGAAAGAUGGAAAGGAGGCCGUGUUUGGUCGCGGCACGUUGGAUAUGAAGGGUGGUCUGGCGGCCGGGCUCUCAGCCCUUCUCGUGGCCCGGGAGCAACGACUGGCUGGAGAUGUGAUGGUCGCAGCGGUAGCAGACGAGGAAGAUGCUUCGCAGGGCACCCAGGACGUGAUUGCGGCAGGCUGGCGGGCUGAUGCGGGGAUCGUCCUCGAGCCGACUAACAUGGCCAUCGCGCACGCGCACAAGGGCUUUGUGUGGGUAGAAGUGGAGAUCUUGGGCCGAGCGGCCCACGGGUCCCAGCCAGCCGAUGGGGUGGACGCCAUCUUGAACAUGGGGCACCUGCUCCAGGCAGUGCGUGAGUAUCAGACGCAACUGCCCAUUGACCCGGUGCUAGGACCGGGGUCACUGCACUGUGGAGUCAUCCAGGGCGGAGAAGAAGUCUCCUCGUACCCUGCCAGCUGCACACUGACUCUGGAAUACCGCACUGUGCCGGUGCAGACCAAUGAGAUGAUCCUGGCUGAGCUGGGUGCCAUCCUAAAGCGACUAAGUGACGAGCAUCCCGACUUCCAGUAUCGAGAGCCGCGCAUCACGCUUUGGCGCCCCAGCCAGCAUGUUCCCAAGGAUCAUCCCGUGGUGCAGCAAUUGGUCCAGCUGGGCACCGAGGUUGUCGGACAACCUCCCCGGGUCCAAAGUGCUCCGUUCUGGUGUGAUGCCGCAUUACUCACUGAGGCAGGGACCCCAAGCGUGGUGUUUGGCCCAUCGGGUGCAGGCUUGCACUCGCGCGAAGAAUGGGUGGAGGUGGACAGUAUGCGGGAGCUGCGGGAGAUUCUGGGGCAGUUUAUACAGCAAUUUUGUAAAUAAAUAGUGACAACAUGAUCAGGUAUCAUGUACAUAUGAAGGAUAUGAUAUAGAGAAUAAAAGAAUCGACCUGAA